AUGUAAUUGAUCAAAUAUUUAAGAGAUGGAUUAAUUAUUUCUACUCCUACAGGCUCUACUGCUUAUUCAUUAAGUGCAGGAGGCCCUAUUAUCCAUAAUGAUGUUAGUUCUCUCAUUAUUGUACCUGUUUGUCCUCACUCUUUAUCUUUUAGACCUAUUAUUGUUUCUCCUUAAAUGAAAAUAAAAUUUAAGGUAUAUGUUUCUAACUAAAGCAGAAAUUUCGGAAACGUUUCUAGAGAUGGUUUUUUUUAAUUUAUUCUUAAAGCUGGUGAAGAAAUAGAAAUUACUUAAUCUUAGUUCGAUGUUUUAAUAAUUAAUAAUUAAGAUAUUAAAUAAAAUUAAUUUGAUUAUGUUUAAAAAUUAAGAAAAACGCUAAAAUGGAACAGUUAGUUUAAAGAAAAUAUAUGA